AAAAAAAAAAAAAAAAAAGACUUGACUGUCGUUCGGCGUGUUUGGGACCAACGAGGAUCGCGGAGGAACAACUUUUUUUUCGAGCCCGAGACCCGAAUUGAAGCCAAAACCGGAGGCCAUGGACAUUAAGAAAAUGCUGUUGCAAGAGCUGGACCAGCGGUCGCCGAAAGACGUCAAGGAGCUGAUUCUGGACAACAGUCACUGCAGUGAUGGGAGAAUUGAAGGUAUCACAGAGGAGUUCUGCAAUCUGGAGAUGUUGAGCCUCAUCAACGUCCACCUGACCACCCUGGCAGAUAUUCCCAAACUAGAGAAACUGAAGAAGCUGGAGCUGAGUGACAACAGGAUUUCAGGUGGUCUGGAGGUUCUGGCUGAGCGGCUGAAGAACUUGACGCAUCUUCACCUCAGCGGCAACAAGUUUAAAGACAUCAGCACCCUGGAACCACUGAAAAACCUGCCUCAGCUGAAGAGUCUGGACCUCUUCAACUGCGAGGUGACCAACCUGGCCGACUACAGAGAGUCCAUCUUCAAGCUGCUCCCCAACCUCACCUACCUGGACGGCUUAGACAUCGACAACUGCGAGGCGUCCGACUCGGAGGGCGAGGUGGACGGAGCCGAGGAGGACGACGAAGGCUGCGACACGGAAGAUUUUGAGGAUGAAGAGGAGGAGGAUGAAGAGGAUGUGGUGGCGAUAGAGGAUGACGACGAAGAUGAUGACAGCGGGGAUGAUGAGAACGGGCACGUGAACGGCGACGUCGACAGCGACGAAGACGUGGACGAUGAAGAGGACGACGAGGACGACGAAGAUGACGAUGCAGACAGCUCGUCUCCGGCCAAAGGAGAGAAGAGGAAGAGGGACCCCGAAGACGAAGACGACGAUUAAUUUCCGACAUCUCUGGCCAACUCCCGGGCUGCAUUCCAUUUCUCCACCUGGUACCCUCCCACUGACGCCACACGUCAAUAUUUUUGUGCUUGUGUCUCCCCCAUAACUGACAUUUGAAACUUAAGUUGACCUUCAAAGUUUGAGAUGUCGUUUGGCUCAGUUUUGUAUCGACGCUGUUCCUGACGUCAUCCCAAAGUUUCUCAGGACUUAAAGCUCUGUUUCUGCCGGCAUGAUUACAAGAAGGUUGUUACAUGAUUCUUUCACUAAUUCAUAGUACGGUCAUUUUUAUACUAUAUAUCGAGAUAAGUAUCCAAUACCAGAGGACGUAAUUGCCACCAAAGGUCCCCCGACAAACCGAUCCAGUUAUGUCAUCAACCCCACCAAGUGCUCAGGGCAAAAUGUUUCCAGCGUAUUUUAUCUAUUUUUCUUUUGUCUUUACGUUUACACUGACUAUGGAUUUUUUUUUUUUGUACUUUCUGUAAGUUAAAGGAAAAAAAAAAACACCCCCCCCCCAAAAAAAAAAAAAAAAACCCCUAAAAUGGACUUUGUAAAUAAAAUCUUAACAUUUUGCUUUUUGCUGUCUCAUAUCUGCAUUGAUUUCCUGGACCUUGGUCACCCCCUCCGAGGAGUUUAUCACAAGAAGUGCACAAAUAAAGUGGGUUGUUCCUUU